AUAAAAGCCGGCGGAUGAGCAAGGAAAAUUCAUUCUGACUUCAGAAACCAAAGACUACAGAAGAGCCCAACAAAAAGAAGAGCUGCAACAAACGAAGAAAAGAUUAUAUCAUAAAGAAUAUCAUAUAUCUACAUCCAAUUUAACAGAUCAAGAUGAAUCAAAGAUCAGCUACAAUCCUCAUUUGUGCAUUUCUCCUUAUCCAAGUGUUUAUGGCGUCACAAGCACAGCCAAGCAGUAACAAACGACCCUACCGCGGAACUGGAGGAUGGACCAUGAAUAGCAUUGGCUACAAUGCUGGACUUGAUGCCCUUCAAAAGCUGUUUGGAAAAAGAGACGGAAUACAAGGAGCUACCGAUGAAGACCUCACGUUAGCCAUUGGUGAAGAUAACAUCAAAGAACUUCUUGACGAGUUUGUAUCUUUCUUGGAACUCAAAGAAAGCGGUCUCCUCGGUCCUGCUCUUGUUCGAUGCCUGAGAACAGAAUUGACUUCAACAGUGGACAAGUAGAGAAACAAUUUUCAAUAUGAGUUCUUUUUCUGAUAAUACACAAACCAUAUAUAAAUCAUAUUUCUAAAGUAUGAUAAAUAUACGGUAAUGUUCGAUCAGAAAAAAAUAUCUAAAAUCAUUGAAUAAUUGUGUAAAAAAGUGCAUUUUAAUAUUUUUCCUGCAUUUUCCUGUGAUAGUUUUUGUAAUUGUUGAAUUUCCGUUCUAAAAUAUUUCAUCAUUUAAUAUCUGCUCUAUAAUGACAUCAUAUGUGAAUUGAGGUCAUCCUUCAUUGAAUUGAAUCAGGAUUUUCAUUGUUUCUUUUGAACUUUUAUGACUCAAUAAUUAUCAUGAGGUCAUUCCAAAAAUAUGACUGGUAGUAGGGGCUCUUCCUCAUAAAGAUUAUCCUAGUUAAUUAAUUACUUGAAACUUGUGCAGCUACCCCCAAAUUGAUUUAAAAAAAAUUAAACUUUAAUAUGAAUCAUGUGAUAUUUCUCCACCAAGCAAUAUAUAUUAAUUCUAUUUUAUCUGUUUUAACUUUAACAUAACUUAAUCUCUGCAUAUUUACACGAAUUCAUGCUAUACAUACAUGAGUCAGAUGAUAAAAAACAUAUAACAUUGAAAGAGUUGAGCCUGCUAUCCAGCUACCAAAUACAUAGAAAUUAUUUUUGAAAUUCCUAUUUCCAUUAUUGCCCCAAAUAGUAGUUCUGAGUAUUUUUUGUUUUUUCUUCUUUCUUUCAAUAAAAUUUCUUGUAACUAGU